ACUUGGGCCCUUCUCCAGGCAUACCUAGGAACUAUCAAGUUGGUCAAACAAUUGGCACACAAUGGCCCGCCGAACGACCAGCAAGACGUCUCGUGCCAGUGGCGCGUCUGCCCUCCCGACCCCGAUCCAUUCAGGCCUUUCGACUCCCCAUUCGGGCUUUUCGACCCCCCUUAGUUCGGCCUACCCUUCCACUUAUGCCUCUGAGGCAGAAUGGGAUCCAGAGGACGAUGUCGACGACGUCGCUCAGAUUCCCAUCAGCGCAUUGACCCUCCAGGAUUUGCCUGCCGGGACCAAACACCCAAAGACUGGGAAAGCGAGGACCCCCAAACCAUUCCGAUUCAUGAAUCUGCCAUCGGAGCUUCGGGUUAAGAUCUAUCGCUACCAUUUCGCAGAGGCUGGCGAAGUAGUUGACCUCGACCAGGAUAACUACAAGCGCAUUCAUAAGAAGCUGGCAAUCCUCCGUGUUUGUCGAGCCAUCUACAGCGAAGCCUCGGACACCUUCUACAGCACCCGCGCCUUUCGCGUGUUCCCCACGUCCCCGGGCCGUUUCUUCAAGACCAAGAAGCCGCUCCUGGCCCGUCUAACUCCUAAGCAGAGGGGCCUCAUCACCUCCCUCGAGUUGCGCCUGGGCCCUGGCUGGAGUAAGCCUCCGCGGGGCUGGGUCGUCAACCCCGCUCUGGGUCUGGCUGACUGCAAGAAGGUCCAGAAACUCACAGUCUUCGUUGAAUGCGAUCCGAGCGAUGGCGUUUUUAACGGAUUCCGCAGGGCCGAUGGCUUCUACGAAGACUUCUCCUGCAAACUUCUAGGCGGCGUCCUCGACAAACUACCGAGGCUCGACCGCGUCCAUUUCGAUGCCUGGACCAGCGUUAAGAAGACUGGUGCCAUGAUGAGGGGACUUUUCGACGUCACUGUUACGCGCGGGAAGAGGAUCUGCUGGGGACCCUCUCGGGGCUGGACCGAUGAGGAUGAGAGGGAGGACUUCAAGCCGCCGACGGCCAGCAUGCGGCUAUCCUGUGGUCCCAAUGCUAUCGCCGUGGCCUAGGACCCAUAGCAAAGCAUGCGUGGAUCUCUGGAGGCAGCCGCUCCUUAUGGGACUUUUGCUGUACGGCGUACAAGGCGUUGGUUCGGUUCCAGGCCCGUGUCUGUGCCUUUAUGUAUUACGAUUGUGUGAUUGAUCGCUACUCAGUUUUAAUGCAACAGCACCUUAUUGUAUUAAGACUCGUUCUUGACAUCCUUCGGGUGGAUUUCGCGUGAUUUGACCUUGGGGUACA